CCUCCAAGGCACCGGGGGGGGGGGGGUCGCUUGUUCGCGCUCGCGGUUCCAGAGUUUCACCCAAGCAGGGAACUUCCGCGUCGAUUAUUUGUCGCUGGGACUUCACAGUCGCUCCUCACCACUGUCGCUACAUCCGUCUCCGCCGCGAUCGCCACACAUCAAGGCAGUACCACCCCCACCACCCCCACCCCCACCACCCGCUCCCCCGGACCCUGCCGACCCCGGCGUCGCGAUAGGAGCCGGGGUCGGGGUAGCGCGCGCCGACCCGCGACAGAGGCGAGGAUAAGAGACUCCCAUCCCGGCCUCCCCGCCGCCGCCGACAACUGCCCGGACCGAGACUUGUAGUCGCCACGAGGCUUGAGGAUGAAGGGGAACGUGGAGGAUCGCUGGGCUGACCGAGUUAUCACCGUAGUAUUUGUGGCCCUCAUUAUCGACCUUCUGGGCUUCACGCUCAUCCUGCCCCUGCUGCCCUCCCUGCUCGACCACUACGGAAGUGUAGAGCAGGGAGGGUUGCACCAGAUACUGCAGGAAGGAGUUGACUGGUUUGCCGAUGCUGUUGGGAUUCCUGAGCACGAACGCCACAACAGCGUGCUGUUCGGCGGGCUAAUUGGGUCCCUCUUCUCACUGCUGCAGUUCGUGUCGAGCCCCCUGUUUGGAGCAGCCUCCGACCGCUAUGGGCGGCGUUCCAUGAUGCUGCUCUCCAUGGUGGGAAUCCUGACAUCUUACGGCAUCUGGGCCGUGUCUCACAGCUUCGGCCUCUUCCUGGUGUCGCGUGCCCUGGGCGGUGCCAGCAAGGCCAACAUCAGCUUGAGCACGGCUAUCAUUGCUGACCUGCCCCUGCACAAGCGCAGCAAGGGAAUGGCUUUCGUGGGCGCUGCCUUCUCUAUUGGCUUCAUGUUCGGGCCGCCGCUGGGGGCUGCGUUGGCAGGCACAGGCAGUCACGGUGCCCUUUUCUUUAUGCCGGCGCUGCUCGCUGCCGCCUUCGCCGCCAGUGACAUUGUCUUCUUGGCGCUGCUCCUGCCCGAAACCCUGCCGCCCGCUCGGAGGGUCCCAUCUGUGCUGUCGGGGAUCAAGGGCAGCUCUCAUCUCUUCAACCCCGUCGCUCUCUUCCGCUUCUCGGCCGUGCAGGAGACCGGCAGAGAAGCCCCCCACAAAGAUGUGGUGUCGCUGCGGAGGCUUGGGAUCAUCUACUUCCUGUAUAUCUUCCUGUACUCAGGGCUCGAGUAUAAUCUCGGCUUCCUGACGCACACACGCUUCAACUUCACACGCAUGCAGCAGGGCAAGAUGCUGUUUGCGGUUGGAGUUGCCAUGGUGAUCAUCCAGGGAGGAUACGUGCGAAGACUUCCCCCAGGGAGAGAGAUGGCCGUAGUGCAGAGGGCGCUGCUGCUGCUCAUCCCGGCAUUCAUCUUGAUUGGCUGGGCCCCCACGCUGCCCGUGCUCUACGUCGGGCUGCUGCUCUAUGCAUUUGCCUCGGCCACUGUUGUGCCCUGCCUCACCACUGCUGUUGCUUCCUACGGCUCUCCCAGCCAGAAGGGGGUGCUCAUGGGCAUUCUGCGCAGCCUGGGCUCCCUCGCCAGAGCCCUGGGCCCUGUACUUGCUGCCUCGGCUUUCUGGGGCACGGGCGCACGUGUGUGCUUCACCACUGGAGCGUUCCUCUUUCUCCUCCCUGUGCUGCUGCUGCGUGGCCUGCACUCUUCUGCCAAGAAAUCCAACUGAAGACGCUACCACCCACAUCUGCCACAGACUUGCACAACACACGCACACACUCCUGUGGUGACACAGCUGUACCACAACAUGAUCUGAAGCCUUUAAAAAAAACAGAAUCCAAGUAGUAAAUGGAGCAGGACGGAGGGGCUGCAGCUGGUAGUCCUAGCCCACGGCAGUGUUGUGUCGUGCCUUUGCUACAGUUGAAUUAUAAGUGCAGUAACUUUUUUUAUGUAACGAUACCGUGGCGCCUCUGAGAUGGCAUCCCGUCAGAGCAGCAGAUUCAGUAAAUACUCUUCCAUAAGUGAGCACGACUGGCACCGAGCUCAGUAGCGAUUACCAUACAUGCAGUACAUUUUAUUUUGUUUAUUUCAUACAAGUAUAAGCUGUUACAAGUUAAUACUUGCUUUUUUAUAUGUACUAUCAAUGAGCUACGUAAUGAAAAAAUGGCAUUAGUGCUAUGGAGAUGAAUGUACUGGUCAGUCCUAGACUGAGCGAAGAGACAGCCUGUGCUGACAACUUGGAUAUUCUAAAACACACUUGUUUAUUCCACUCUUAAUUAAAACCAGGUUUAAAAACCA